AAAAGAUAUACUACUGAUGGAUAAAAGGCCCAGUAGAUACCCAAAAUGAGUUGAAAAAGCCAAAGAGAAAUUUGGCUAUUGAGCUUUCUCUCUUCCCUCUCUCAAUUUUUGAGAGAGAGAAAGCGAUGCAUAAAAUUUUCCGAUUGUCCAGCACCGUUUUCGUUUUCACGGUGGCGUGUGGCUGGCUUCCUUUCUGACAUCGAUGGUGAAGUUCACACCGUUGGUCGGCUUGCUUCUGGCACUUGUUGGCUCUUUAAGCAACGGUGGCUGGCAUUCCUUCCGACAACGGUGGUCUCGUUCACACCGUUGGUUGGCUCAGUUCCAUCACGGUUGGCUCUUUCAGCGAUGGUGGCUGGCUUAGCUUUAGUUUUUUUUUUCUAUCUUUUUUGUUUGUGUUUGAAUAGUCUCUGCGAUUCAUGAGUUGUUGUUAUUGACUUCGAUAGCUUUCUUCUCGUUUAAGUUGCAGAUCCUUGGGCUUCUAGGUUUAUGGUGUAGAUCUAAUUUCUUGAAGAUUGAAAAGUUAUAGAUUGAAGACGAAGAUUAAGAAGUUUGGCUUUAGAUGGAGUCAUAUUCUCAGCAAAUUGGAAUUCGCCUUGUUCUUUGGGCGUAGAUCGAGAUUUCUUUGUGAUUUUCCAACGAUUUCGGCCGGAUUUGAAGUUUUCCGGCGACAGUUCCCUCUGUCGGUGAUCGGAGACUCCAACCCUUCGACUUCCCACGUGUCAGUCAUCAUGUUUCUCUCUUGCCACGUAAACUGUGUUUCAAUGCUUAAUGAUUACUCUUCAAUCUUUGGGCCUAUGGGCUUUUGUUUUAUUUGACUUGUUUUUUAGGCUAGUUUAUUUUGGUUUUAAUGUUGGCCUGUUGUACUUGUACUUAGUUUGUAGUGUUGGCAUGUUUACUUGGCUUUAUAUCCUCGACAAAACCCUUGCGAUAAAAAAAAAAAAAAAAAAAAUACCCAAAAUGCGUUUUACAUUUUAUUAUUAAAAUAAAAAUAAAAAUCGAUUCCCAAAUUUAGUCUUCACUCAAAAUCCUUUUUUUUUUGCUUUCUUCAAUCGUUUUCCACCCAUAAGAUUUGAAACACUGCACUGAGCUGAUGAACCCUAAUUCCCACACCCUGAAACGAGAGCAAUCCGAGUAGCGUUUCGAUUGGGUCUUACCCAAUCCCAAAGAACAUUGUUGUAAUCCGAUAUUUUUCGUCCUGGUUGAAGAAGAUUUAUCGAGGAAUUAGAUAUUGGUUCAUUUGAUGCCUUUGUUGUUGUUCUGAUCUCUGAGAAUUUAGCUGAUUCAGGGAAAAGGUUUCUUGGUUUGAAAAUGGACUGCACUAAGGAAGAGGCCUUUAGGGCAAAAGCAUUAGCUGAGGAUAAGAUGAAGAAUGCUGAUUUUGUUGGGGCUCAGAAGCUUUUGUUGAAGGCUCAGGGUCUCUUCUCAGGUCUCGAGAGUUUACAGCAAAUGCUAGCUGUAUGUGAGGUCCAUUGUUCUGCCGAGAAGAAAAUUAAAGGUCUUGAGAACUGGUACGGUAUUCUUCAGGUUAUGCAUUUUGCUGACAAUGCUACAAUCAAGAAGCAGGUCAGGAAGCUCUCCUUGCUUCUCCAUCCUGACAAGAACCAUUUUCCCGGUGCAGAGGCUGCUUUCAAGUUGGUUUGGGAUGCUAACGGAUUUCUCGCUGACAAGGAUAAACGCUCUCAGUAUGAUAUCAGGCGCAGGAUCUAUUUACGGUUUGCUAGUAUCCAGUCGACUGCAAACUCUGGUGUACCUUCAAACAAUGCCAGUGUUAGUGUUAUCGACAAUGUUACAUUUUGGACAUGUUGUGCGCACUGUGGCUAUAGGUAUAAGUACUUGAGAAAAUAUGUGAAUACUCUUAUGCGCUGUACCACUUGUCAAAAAUCCUACAUGGCCUACGACACUGGAUUUAACAGAGCACCACCUAAAUCAAGCACUGGUCAAAAAGAAGUUCGAAAUCAGGGGCCGGGUAACACAUCUGUGAAUACAAAUGUGGAGUCUACUGCUGCUCAACCACGAACUGUUGCAGCUGAUGUCGAUAAGAAAGAAACUUUCAGCGAGAAAUUCAACAACAAGAAUGGAGGAGGCGAGAGCAGAAAAACUGAAGCGAAAAAGUCCAAAGUAGAGGCUGAAUCCAUGAAGAAUUAUGCUGGAUCACGUAAUGAGGAAAAGAGGAAGAGUGCAGCUAAACUACACAAGCAACAACCUGAGGUUACAGAACCUCAAAGGGGUGCAUCGAAUUCUGUACCUGAUGAGUCAGUUUCAAGGAGUGAUAAAGCACCUUCUGUGAGAGAGGACAAGAACAAGAGACAAAAAUGUGUUGAGGAUCCCAUGGAGAGGAAUAAUGUUGAUGCCUCUGAUAUUAUCAGGGAUAAAGCGGAUUCAAAAUAUAAUAAUAAGAGGAAAUCUCCAAGUAGAAGCCAACAGAGUUCUUACGCGGAGGAGGUAGGCAGUGAUGAUUUCCUAAGCCCUCCAAAAAAGAGGUCAAGGUCAAACAUUGGAUUAAAAUCUGAGCAAACUACAAAAAACGGAUUCGGAGGUGUUGGAUCAUCUAAACGUCUUGAUUCUGGUGGUUCAUUUGCCCCUUCAUGUGUGUCUAAAGGAAAAGCUAAGAAAAAUUUGGAUUCUGGAUAUCAAGAAAUCUCAUCAACCAAAGACAAGGAUGGUGACAAAUGUGAAGCAAAUGGGGAAGGAGUGGUUAUGGCAAGAACGAUGGACAGUAACCACAACGUUAAUGCAAAGAUUUUGCCUGAUCCAGAGUUCAAUAAUUUUGAACUGACAACAAACUGUUUUGCUGUCAACCAGGUGUGGUCUAUGUAUGAUCCGACUGACAGUAUGCCUCGGCUGUAUGCUCGGAUAAAGAAAGUGUUGGAUUCUGAGUUCAAGAUGUGGAUUACGUGGAUUGACCCACUGCAUGAGGAUAAAGAUAACUCAAUUCCCAUUGCUUGUGGGACUUUUCGGGAUGGUGAUUCAGAAGAAGAAAACGACCACUUAAAAUUUUCUUGUCAGAUGUUUCACUUAACUGGCAACAAUAGCAUCGCCAUAUAUCCAAGAAAGGGAGAAGUUUGGGCAGUUUUCAGAGGCUGGGAUAUCAGUUGGAGUGCUAACUCAAAAAAUCAUAAACAGCCUUAUGAAUAUGACUUUGUUGAAGUUUUGUCUAAUUUUAAAGAUGACGUUGGCGUUGGAGUGGCCUAUCUGGGAAAAGUGGAACGGUUUGUCUCCCUCUUUCGCCAAGAGGCACAGUAUGGAGUUCUCCAACUUCAAAUUCUACCAAGCGAGAUGCUGAGGUUUUCGCAUAAAGUCCCGUCAUUCAAAAUGACUGGAAAGGAGAGAGAAGGUGUUCCUCCUGGGUGCUUUGAAUUAGACACUGCUGCUUUACCAGAAGAAUUGUUCGAGGUUGAUAAUUCUAAGGCUGAUGUUGGGUUGGAUAGAGAAAGGCCGGAUGGUAAAACUAUUGGUCCUUUUCCUGAAGCUUCCAAGGUUGACAUGCAGGUAGAUAAGAGCAGUCCAUUUGAAAAGAAACGUCCAAAAUUCAAUGACAAUCAUGGUUCAUUCUCCAGUGAAUCUGAUGGUAGACGCACUAAUCAUGACAUGAGCUCAGUGAAGAAGUCAAGAAAGAGUGUGAAAGCAGUAGAUGACUUGAAACUGCGAAAAUCUCCUCGUCUGUUGAGUCAAACAAACAGUCAAGUAACUUCACGGUCAGGCGGAGAAAUAGCUGAGAAGAAGAGUGCUAAAAAUGGCGAAUACUGUGCACAACCAGGUGGGUUUUACAAACUGACAGGUAUCCUAAAGAAACAUGGGAGAAAUGAUGAAUCAUUGUCUCAGUCCAGCGGUAACAGUUUACUGACUCGGUUAAAUGGUAGUGCUGCGAAGAAAAGCCCAGAACCAGAGACUCUUGUGCCAUCCAAUUGCCAAACCGAGAAAGAAAACAGUUUCAACUUUGAGAACCAGAGAUCUUGGGACAAAUUUCAGAUUGAUCAAAUAUGGGCCAUUUAUAGCAAUGACAGAGAGAUUCCCAGAAAGUACGUUCAGAUCAAGGUAAUCGACACUAUCCCUGAAUUCAAGUUACAUGUAGCACCUCUAGAGCUGUAUCGCCUUCCAGUACACAUGGCACGACCCGUGUGCUGUGGCCGCUUCAAAUUGAAAACCGGUAAAGCAGAAGUCCUUUCACCUAGCAGCUUCUCACAUCAGGUUAAAGCCGUGAAGAGUAAAAAGAACAGAUUCGAAGUAUACCCAGGGAAGGGUGAGAUCUGGGCUCUGUACAAGAACUGGAAUACCACAAACUUUGCUGAGGCUGAAGAACUUGAGAUUGUAGAAGUAGUGGAAACCGACAAGCAGAGGAUACAAGUGGUGUCUUUGAUUGCGAAAGAGUUCAAUAACAAGCCUUUCUACGAAAGGAGUCAACAGUCAAAUGCUGGUUGUGUAGUAGACAUUCCAAAGACUGAAGCGUAUCGGUUCUGGCAUCAGAUUCCUGCGUUCAGACACGAGAGAAGCGUGACACCGUGUGGUGAUGGUGAAUACUGGGAGCUUGACCUGAAAGCAGUUUGGGGUCUCAACUCAAAGAACACAUAGUUCUCUCUUCCUUUUGUCAAAAUCGCACAUAUCUUUUGCGACAUAAUUUGGAGAAUGUGUAGGUGUCACUAAGUUGGAAUUUAACUUAGUGUAUAUAGGAUAAUCAGACUAUUCCGAAGCUUAGUAAAUUUUAACA